AUGUCACAACCUCAGCCAGUACGUCAAAAAAUGCAAGUUGUGAUCGACGACUCGUCCCUUGAGCAUUUCAAUUCCUGCAUUCAAAGCCGCUAUGAACGCUAUCUGUCCAAAAAGCAUGAAAUUGAAGUCGCUGAAGGCACUCUUGCUCAAUUUGCAUCUGGCUUCGAUUCAUUUGGAAUCCACAAGACACCUGCUGGAAUCAUCUACAAAGAAUGGGCACCAGAAGCUACUUCAUUGUGUCUCUUUGGAGAGUUCAACAAUUGGCAACGAAAUCAAUAUGUAGGGAAGCGAGAUCAAUAUGGAGUAUGGACUGUCUUGAUUCCAAAUGAAAACAAUCGCUGUGCUAUUACACAUCAGCAAAAGCUAAAAGCUGGUUUAACUUUGAGGGAUGGGAAAUGUGUUGACAGAAUCCCUGCAUGGGCUACUUAUUGUGUCCAAAACAAGGAAACUAGGCUUUAUGAUGCUGUUUUUUGGGACCCUCCAGAGCCGUAUGAGUGGCUUCAUCCUAGACCUAGCGCUUUGAGGGCUUUAAAAAUAUAUGAGACACAUGUGGGAAUGAGCUCUGAGCACGGUGUCGUAAACACGUAUAACGAUUUUACCAUAAAUGUGAUCCCAAAAAUAGCAGAAACUGGUUAUAACGCAAUCCAGCUGAUGGCAAUCAUGGAGCACUCAUACUAUGCAAGCUUUGGGUAUCAUGUGACUAACUUUUUUGCAGUCAGCAGCCGAUAUGGGACUCCUGACGAUUUAAAAAGGCUGAUCGAUACAGCUCAUUCUCUUGGGAUUUAUGUGUUUUUAGAUCUUAUACACAGCCAUUCUAGUACCAAUGUGCUAGAUGGAAUUAACCAAUUUGACGGGUCUGAUCAUCAUUAUUUUCAUGCUGGGAAAAAAGGAAGGCAUGAGUUGUGGGACUCCAGACUUUUUAAUUAUGGGCAUUGGGAAGUUUUAAGGUUUUUAUUGUCGAAUUUGAGAUGGUAUAUGGAUGAAUACCGCUUUGAUGGGUUUAGAUUUGAUGGAGUCACGUCUAUGCUUUAUAAACACCAUGGGAUCAAAUACUGCUUUUCAGGGCAGUAUCAUGAGUAUUUCAAUGAAAACGUGGUAGACACUGAUGCUCAUAUAUAUAUCUUAGAAAUAUCAUUAUGCCCUUAAUAAUAACAUAUCAUUUUACUAUAAAAAUGACUGAAAAUUCAAUACAAUUGAUAAUAUCUCAUGCUAGCCAAUGACUUAAUUCACCAACUGAACCCUAACGCUAUCACUAUUGCUGAAGAUGUAUCAGGAAUGCCUACACUUGGAAGACCAAUCCCUGACGGAGGAUUUGGAUUUGACUACAGGCUUAACAUGUCAGUUCCUGACAAAUGGAUCAAGCUGCUUAAAGAAGUAAAAGACGACAACUGGAUCAUGGGAGAUUUAGUAUAUACACUUACUAAUAGAAGAUGGAAUGAAAAAUGUAUUGCAUACGCUGAAAGCCAUGACCAAAGCAUUGUAGGAGACAAUACCAUUGCGAUGAAGCUGUUUGGACCUGAAAUUUAUUCCAAUAUGUCACGAAAUUCUGCUUAUACGCCUGUAAUUGAUAGAGGGAUUGCACUGCAUAAAGUAAUCAGACUUAUUACACAUGUGAUGGGAGGAGAAGGGUAUUUAAACUUUAUGGGAAAUGAAUUUGGGCAUCCUGAAUGGGUUGAUUUUCCGAGAGAAGGAAACGGCUGGUCUCACCAUUAUUGUCGUAGACAGUGGCAUUUAAGAGACGAUACAAAUCUUUAUUAUCAUUAUUUGUGGCAGUUUGACCGUGCUAUGAAUUUAUUAGAAGAAGAGACACACUGGCUGAACUCCAAAGACCAAUAUUUCAACGUCCACGAAAAAGAUAAAAUUAUAGUUUUUGAGCGAGGAAAUAGGCUUUUCGUCUUCAAUUUCCACCCUUCAAAAAGCUUAGAACACUACAGAGUAGGCACCAAGUUCCCAUAUGAGCAUAUCAUUGAAAUGGACACUGAUGAAAGAAGAUUUUAUGGUCACGGACGUCUUCAGCAUGGCCAUGAAAACCCUUUCCCAAUCAUGAAAACUCCUUGGAACGGAAGGCCAAACUACAUCCAAAUGUACAUCCCCAGCAGAACUGCUAUAGUCGUUAAACCACUUAUAAAUGAUGAGGACAGGAAAAAAUAUGGGCUGCCUACAUUUGAAGAGAUAGAAAAAGAAUUAACUCUUACGAAGGAAGGAGAGGAAGAAGAAAAAGUGGAAGAAACUAAAUAUGAAACAUUGGUCACUGCCAAAGUAGAAGUCAUGAUACUUAAUGAAAAAGAAAUAGAAGAAAUGAAAAAGGAAGAAAUUCAAGAAAUUGCUGAAGGGGAAAUGAAGGCAGAGGCUGCUGAAGAAAAUGUAGUGACUGUUGAAAAGGUAGAAGUUAUAGCUGAUGUAGGAGGCACUGAAGAAAAUGCUGUCUCUGAUGAAAACGCGAAAGAGUAA